AUGAUGCUCGCAGGUAAAGACACGAACAGCAGAAUGUAUAGGUUUUGUGCGUCCUCACUGAUGCCUUCCGUUCGAUCUCUUCUCACAAGUAGUCGUUCAGUCAAAUCUGUUGCACCAUCCACUUCACGGACAGAAGAAUAUGUAAUGCCUGAUAAGCUUUUCAGUUCUUUGGAAAUAGAAUAUCGCGGACAUGACAAAGCUGUGUUGAAGUCGUACACAAACUUCUUAGAGCAAGUUUGCGAGAAUUUGAAUAUUACAAGAGGACAGACGGAAGUUCUACCAUACGUCCGAUGGGUUCAACCAACGUUGAGAUCAAAAUUUGUUCAUAAGAAGUAUAAGUUGCACUAUGAAACAAGGACACAUAUAACCCGAUUCCAGGUUUUGAACUUAACGGGGAGCACUGCCAGUACCUUCUUAGAAUACAUUCAAAGGAAUAUACCCGAAGGUGUGGGUAUGAGAGUUGGCAUCACUGAAAGAGCUACCUUACCCGGAACUAUUUGA